AUGCCAAAGUCAACCACCCCCGUUGACGAGCAACACAUCUUCAUGUAUCACAUUCUUAACGGUGUGAACGAUAAGACCAUUAACUGGAACACUGUGUGCAAGGCCACCAAUCUGAACAAGGGGGCCGCUCACAUGAGAUGGAUCCGUCUCAAGGGAAAGAUCGAAGACGCUCUGAAGGGAGACGACGACACUGAAAGCGCUGACGACAUCACCGCGGAGUCUGGCAACACCGAAGUCAAGACUGAAGCCGAAAAAGCGCCUGGCAAGACUAUGCCCAAGAUGGGUGUUUUCAAACCCCGUCGUUCCAAGAACGUCAACACCGCUGAAUCUGAGAUCGCUCCUCCCGUUAAGAAGAGACGCACCACUAAGCGCAAGAGAGCCGAUCAGACCAACGAGGAAGACGCCAACAAGGGUGCUUCUGAGGCUACUGCCGAGAAGUAG